AUGGGUGAAAAAAUCGGAGAAAGAAGUAAAUUAAACUGCAAACGGUGGAGAGAAAAAGUAAAGGCUGAUGAGGACAAAUUGCGAGAUCAUAAAUUAAAAAAUAACGAAAGGAUGCGAAAUUUGAGAAGAAUAUUGAGAACUCAGGCUGAAGGGAAUGAAAAAAUUAUUGAAGAGAGACGGAAAUAUAACCGCAUAAGGCAAAGAGAGUUGCGCCAAAAACGGUUUCAAACAUUAGCAAAGGCUAUGAAGAAAGUGGAAGCUGUGUUGCCAAAGGAUAUGGACAGGAGGCUCAAGGUGCUUGAAGUUUUGUAUAAUAAAUAUAUAUCAAAACAUAGACAUGAACGAGACAACUUUCUCUGA